CUCGUUCGUUCGGUAGCAAACGGAUCGAAGAGAAAAAUCAUCACACACUCUUUACUCUUUACGCCGCGACUUCACAAACACACUCAUCGCACACUGGUUUACCUCAACAGACGAUCUCAGUUUCUUAUCCCAGGACCAUGAACACAUCAGAGGGCAAUUCCUAGUGAAGCUAUAUUUACGUAUUUUCUAACAGCACACUGAUUUUGUUAGCUGAUGGUAGGUACCCUAUUACUAAUUACCCAUUAGUUUUCCAAGAAUAGGUGUUCUUUCCCCUUUCAAUUUGAACUCGCUUAGUUUAGUUAGUAGUAGGCUAAAUUACCGUGCAGUUAGUAUGAUUAUGUCAAUUAUGAUGCUUGCAGCAAGUACGGUCUAGAAAAGGCUAGGAGAAAACCAAAACAGCUUUGGAUACGUUGAUUUCAAUCUGUGCAUUGUAGUUUUAGUAGACUUAUUUAUUGAAUUAUUAUUUUUGUCUAAAUAAAUAUUGAUUUAUGGUGACAAUUCUUGACUCAUCCUAAUAGUUCCAGUAGGGGGGGGGGGGGGGGGGGGGGGGGGGGGGGGGGGAGUAUGAUCUUAUUUUCUAAUUUAAAAAGUUACAGUUAUAAAGUUAAAGACAUACGUACGUUCAUUUAAAUGCCUUUAAUAAAUCCAAUUCCAUUUGAUCAUAUCUCCAAAACCAAUGCACUCAUUUCUGCCUGUCAACCCCAUUCAUUUAAAACCCCACUUAGACCCCCACUCAUUUACAAUGAGAUGGCUUUCAAGCGGAAGCGUGUGAUAGGUUCAGAUAAAUUAAGCUUAAGACCUACUGCUCUAAAUUGUUCAAAGUUCAAAUCAGAGCCACACUUUCCAGUUCCAAUCCGGCUUUUCUAAAUGGCAGUCAGUUGACAGUUUGUUGUAAUUAUUUUUGUUCCUUUGCAAAAGUGCAAAAUUUAUGCAACUUUUUGCUGCAAUUUUGAAACCCAAAUAUAAAUGACUAUAUCAUUAUGUAAAUUUAUUUAAUUUUGAGCAACAAUGAUUUUAUUAAGCAAACAAACAAAAUGAUCUGAAUAAAAUAACCAACUUGUUAAGUUAUGUUCAGAAGGAUAUGUAAAAAUGUUGGUUGUUCUUCAACCUUUAACAUGGAAAACAGUAAAAUCUGGGUGAUUGGUAAAGCUCUACUAAAAUCCUCUGUGAACUGAAUCUCAUUUAGUCUCAAAUGUUCUUUAUGUUGGGAUUUCUUAAUUUGUUUUCCAAAAGAACUUCUCUUUUAAAAAAAAACUAAAACAAAAGUUAUUAUGACAAAAUUGAAAUAUUUUCUUUAUAAUUUAAAAAAAAACGACAGAUUUUUAUUAUGUUUCAGCCAAAUUAUGAUGGAUGUAGACUGGUUGCCACCAUGACUUUAUGUGAACUCUUAGUACUUUUGAUGGCAUCAUCAAUAACAAUUUACUCAGUGCCUUGUCAAGGUAAGGAAGUUAGUUAUUGAAAGUCUAUUUGCAUACUUCACUAGUCUAAGAAAUGUAUGACAUUAUAAUGCCAUUUGAUAAAGGUUUAGGCCUAUUACUAUUAACCAAAAGGAUUGGUUUAUAAUUGCUUUAUUAUUUCACUAUCAAAAUAACUAUAAGAAAGGAGCAACACGUUUCCUUUUGGGGCAUUCAAAUGAAUUUUAUGAGGUGGUACAUAAAUAUUACUCCAGAGUUAUUCUCCUUGUUUUACUAGCUAUCAUUAUUUUAUCCGGGAUGGUAUUCCAUGCAAGGAACAUAACACUGACAUUUCUUGUUAUGGUGGGUUUAAAACAACUACUUCAAUCUCACCAGCUUCUAUGCUUGUAAUAUAAUGUUGCUGCUCUUAAACUGGUCAAAAUCUCAAAUUAGUAUCUCGCUUAUAACAAUGAUUCAAAUCUAGGAGAGGGCUGGAAUGGUGGCUAUUACUGAUGGCCUUAAACCCUCCCACAUCAUCAUAGUUAAAAAGUAAGCAGUGUGAACAGACUGUACAUUGGAAUAUAUUUAUGUAGUACAGUCACGAACUAAUUUUUUAAAUUCUGUGUGCAAAGCAAGUUCUCAGAGUGCAACAUUUUAGGAAUGUGCUUAACACAAUCAAAGAAAAUCUACAGAUUGUUGGCAUCCGAAAUGAAUAUUACUUCAUGACUCGAUUUGAAAUAGUUUGAAAAUUUUAAAGACUGUUUUCUAAACCAAGGAAAAAAAUUUGUGAUAAGGACUGAUAUCAAAUUUGUUUGUUUCAAAUUCUACCCGUGUUUCCAUGCUAAGAACAUACCACUGACAUUUCUUGCAAUGGUGGAUUUUAAACAACUAGUUCAGGCUCACCAGCUUCUCUGGUUGAAGUCAGGCUGACCAGCUUCUCUGGUUGAAGUCUAAAGCUGCUGCUCUGAAACUGGUCCAAAUAACAAUGGUCCCCGUUGAGGUUACCUGUAUGAUAUUAUAUCAAAGGACAGGUAUGCAUAAAUAUUUAAAUGUUCUUUUCUUUCCUAAAACUGCUUCUAGUUUUCUAAAUGAUCUUUAUAUCUAAAUCUACCAUUACGUCAUUCAGCGGACCAACUAACUAAUACAUAUGUUCUGGUGAGGGUCUGAGAUUACGCUCUUAUGACCCCGGCUAGUAUAUUGGCUACCAACUCCAUCUGCUGAGCAGAGCCAUACAUUUUCCUCAGGUAGGGCUCUCCAACCUCCCUGGCUUCCCCCUGAACAUCUUGUGAGGGGCAUUCAGUUGACAGGUGCGCUAGUGUUUCUGGGUGGUGGCUGAAAUGCCGGCAGGUAGGGUCCCCGUUGUUAUCUAACUUCCAGAAGUAUGUGCCAAUGAGGCAGUGCUCUGUGGGCAUCUGAGUCACUAGACUCUGCUUUCUACGGCCCAACCCUCACCAUGGGUCUUGUCUGUUAGGAGUGGGCAAGUUUGAAAAUACGCCUCUUGUGGACGUGUUGUCUGCCCAUUGCAUGUACCAUUUCAUCUUGAAGUGGUCUGCCAGCCAGUUCUUAAUUUCCAAAUAAGUUAUUGGUACUUCUGGCUGAGGCUGGGCAGCCCUGGUUUUUGCCAGUGUGUCCGCUUUCUCAUUGCCACUGAUGUUGAAAUGCGCUGGGAUCCAUUGCACUGUUACCUUGCCUCCUAGUUCUGCGGACCAACUAGAUGAGUAGUGUCAAUAAGGGGGAGUGGGGAUAGCAGACAGGAAUGGGUGACACCCGCACAGAAGAGUAACAUUAUAUAGACAAUUUGCAAAUUUGACAUAGUUUGCUUGAGUUAGUUUCAUAAUAACAGAACUCAGCGAAAUACAAAAAGUGGGUCCAACCAGAACAGGGUGUCAUCAGAUCAGGGCUCUACCUAGAGUAAGUUGCAAAUAGAACAGUGUAUUAAAAGAUUAUGUUUUGCACCAGUACAUGUUGUCACCUGAAGGAAGUUUCACCAGAGCAGGUUAUCACCAGAACAGGGUGUCACCAGAUCACUGUGUCACCAUAGCUGGAGACCACUGAACCAGGUUGCCACCAGAUCACAGUAGCAUCAUAGCUGGAGACCACUAAACCAGAUUGCCACCAGAUCAUGGUGGCAUCAUAGAUGGAGACCACUAAACCAGAUUGCCACCAGAUUAUGGUGGCACCAUAACUGGAGACCACUAAACCAGGUUGCCACCAGAUCAUGGUGGCACCAUAACUGGAGACCACUAAACCAGGUUGUCAUCAGAUCAUGGUGGCAUCAUAGAUGGAGACCACUAAACCAGGUUGCCACCAGAUCAUGGUGACACCAUAACUGGAGACCAUUAAACCAGGUUGCCAUUAGAUCAUGGUGGCACCAUAACUGGAGACCACUAAACCAGGUUGCCACCAGAUCAUGGUGGCACCAUAACUGGAGACCAUUAAACCAGGUUGCCAUUAGAUCAUGGUGGCACCAUAACUGGAGACCACUAAACCAGGUUGCCAUCAGAAUACUGUGUCACCAUAACUGGAGACCACUAAACCAGGUUGCCACCAGAUCAUGGUGUCAUGGUUGCAUCAUAGCUGGAGAUGACUUAACCAGGUUGCCAUCAGAUCACGGCGGCACCAUAACUGGAGGCCACUAAACCAGGUUGCUACCAGAUGACGAUGGCAUCAUAGCUGGCAACGACUUAACCAGGUAGCCACCAGAUCACGACGGCACCAUAACUGGAGACUACUAAACCAGGUUGCCAUCAGAUCAUGGUGGCACCAUAACUGGAGACCACUAAACCAGGUUGCCAUUAGAUCAUGGUGGCAUCAUAGCUGAGAUCAAUUAACCAGGUUGCCACCAGAUCAUGGUGGCAUCAUAGCUGGAGACCACUAAACCAGGUUGCCACCAGAUCAUGGUGGCAUCAUAACUGGUGACCACUAAACCAGGUUGCCAUCAGAUCACGGCGGCACCAUAGCUGGAUACCACUAAACCAGGUUGCCACCAGAGAAGGCAGACUCAAAAGAGGUCUGAAAGGGUGACAUGAUAAAUUUACCACAUUGUGAUACACCAGCCCUAGUGAUGCCACCGAUCUGACUAUUUCAGACUGUUGGUCUAUAUAUAAUACAAUAGAGCUUUGAUUUUCUUAAUGCUGAUUAUCUGAAAUGCCCCUGCCUUCUUUAUUAUUAUUAUCCUACGAAAUGUUCAUGGCAUGGAGCAUAGGCGUACAAACGCGGGAAAAAUAUUCUUACCUCUAUUGCUCUAUCCAAAUAAAAUCUUAAAAAGUAUUGUACAUGCAGUAACCAGACUGGGACAUUUCAAUCUGCAAAUUUUUUAAUGAAUAAAAAGCAUAGACAAAUUGACCUCUGAUAUUAAUCUAAUCCCCGGUCAUCUAUUUUUGGAAACAUCCUCUAAAUUCAAUCCUCAUUUAUUUUUGACAUCCAUUAGCUUACCCCAAAACACAAUGUGGUGUGAUGAAGACACUGUACACCAUAGUUGUUUAGCAUUCAAAUAUAAUGUAUUAAUUAACCAAGUGGUUCUCAAACGUUUUUUGACCACCUCCCCAUUGGGACUCGUCCUCAGGGUCCCUAUAUAAAUACAUAAUUUCCAUUACCCUCAAUAAUAACACAAUUAAAUGUCGAAGUAUAACAUUGAGCAGAGUAUUUUAUUAAGUACAAAUGAAAUAUUUUACCUUUAUUAAUUAUGAAAUAAGAUGAUUAAUUCAACAAAUAUAUCAGCUCUUUACUAUAGCAUGGUUAUUAGCACCAGUUUUAAUCUCUAAUGUCUCCACUAUGUUCUUAUUUCUAUAAAUGGCCGAGUGGUCUAAAGUGAGUCAAUCCCAAACUAGUGGACUGGAGUUCAAUCCCCACCAAAGGCAAAAACAUCACCAGAAACCCAGGUGGAUGGGACUUGUUAACCUUUGAUGGCAACUCAUCUUAGAGAAGGCAAGCUCUGAAAUCAAACCUUGUAUGCAUUAUAUUACUGACAAAAUGAAAAUUUCAACAACUCUGCUGGUCAUCUACUGCAUCCUGGUUUAUUUCCAGUCAUCUUGACUAAGUUUUGCCAUCGAAUCAAAUAGGCAGGGACAAGAACGUGAUGUUGAUGAGUUGAACAACUCUCCAUCACUUCAAACAAAAUAUAGCUCAAGUCAAGGCUUCUACUUCGGUCGAAAAAAUUGCCUUAGUUAUCUUCAUGUUCAAAGGACGAAUAUCUAUAGUAAGCAAAUUUCUGUUAUUUAUUUGAACAGUGCAAAGUUGACAACAGCACUUUAACCACCUACCAACACUUCAACCACCUUCCACCAAACAAUAUUACGAAUGAAACAACCAGCUUCUUAGCCAACUUCCAGUGGGGCAGAACAGCUGUAAAAAUUCUCCUGUUUAAGUCAAAAUACUUGGUGCUAAUUCAUAAAAGUUGGCUUCUGUUCAAUAUAAUUUUUUGGAUCAGCCUCCAGCUCACCAACUGCCAAAAUUAUAAAACAGAUUCAUCACACAAAAUCUGAUUGAAAUCAACAUACAGUGUGGGCCAAUAAAAGUGAGAACAUCUUGUAAAAUAUUACGCUACGAAAUGUUCUCACUUUUAUUGGCCCACCCUGUAUUAUCUAAUGUAGAAAAUACAAAAUUUAAAAUUGCUCCCAUUAUUUGUAAAUCAUGUUGCAUCAAACAUUUCUCUUCUUACUCAAACUGGCUAGGAAAAUAUGCCUGGAGACAAACAAUACUGUACUUAAAAGAGUAAGUUUAAAGUAAGGAAGACAGAUUUGAUUUCAAUAAGCUUGAUCACACUCUCUGGCAAAUUCCAACUUAUUUUUUAAAAUUCAGCAAAUAUUUGUGAUAAUAAUCAAUUUUGUGUUGAGAUCUGCAUUAAGUCUACAAAUCUUGCCAAAUCAUUUGUUAAAGUGAUUCCAAAAAUGUCAUGAAUCAAUGUUUGUGUCAAACUUAAUUUGAUGCCCUUAUGGCAGUAAUUUUUAGCCUACAGUUGAUUUCAAAGCUUUGUUGAUAAUUACUUGCACAAUGAAUUUUUAAGACAUUUGGUACCAUUUUCUUUUUCCAUAAUCUGUACAAACACACCGUUACUUCUAGUCAUUAAUAAUCCUCCAUCAUUUGCAUGAUAAUUUUUUUAGCGGAAUUUCUUUAAAGAUCUGUUCAAGAGCAUGAAAUAUUGACACCACUGCCUAUAAUCUGUUUCUAGAUGUCUGGCUAAUAGUUGUGCCAAGUCCAAAUUUGGUGUUAAAAAUGUACAUGAGUCAGAAGAAAGAUAAAUUAACUAAUUUUCAUCCAGUUCUGAUAAAAUGUCAAUAUUAUCUUCCAUAUUAUCAUCCAUGAUUCUAUGAACUUAAAAAUUCAGUGCUGUAUGUGAUUCUACAGAUACGGCAAUCAACAGUGCAAUGUUAUAAUUCAUGCAAGAAAUCAUUCUUUCAAUGAGAGGCAUUGCAAAACAUACUUGACAAUAUUUUCCCAAAAAUUUUAAUUUCUUUUGAAUAAACCAAUUAUUGUCAUCCCACAUUGCUUGAGAACCAUCUAAUGGUGUACAUGUAUUGUUAAUGGUUGCUUGCAUUUCUGUUUAAAAGUUACAUCUAAAGACUUUUAUCUCUUAUAAACAUUAACACACAGUCUUAUUUCAUUUCGGCUUUCAAAAAGUUUGGCAUCUUUCUUUAAAAUAUUUAAUUUUAAUUUAAUAACUGUUGUUGAUAUUAACAUCACCCCUUUUUCAAGUCCAAGUGCCCUUCAAUUAUUUCUGUCAUGCCCACCCCCGCUCACUUGGAGAACCACUGCAUUAACCUCUUUAGCACAAUCUGUUUGUGUGUUAAGUGAACCACCCCAAGCCAGUUUGUGUGUUAAGUGAACCACCCCCAAUCAGUUUGUGUGUUAAGUAAGUGAACCACCCCAAGUCAGUUUUUGUGUUAAGUAAGUGAACCACCCCAAGUCAGUUUUUGUGUUAAGUAAGUGAACCACCCCAAGUCAGUUUGUGUGUUAAGUGAACCACCCCCAAUCAGUUUGUGUUAAGUAAGUGAACCACCCCAAGUCAGUUUUUGUGUUAAGUGAACCACCCCCAAUCACAAGUAAUUCCAAUGAUCAACACUUAUACUUAUAUAUUAUAAACAUCUUAAAAAUACAUAUAGCUGCAGUUAAUAUUUAAAUUGUGGAAAUAAUAAUAAAUAUUUGUUGUAUCAUAAUUAAUCAGUUGAAAGUUAUUCUAUUUUGUUUCUUUCAGCAGCACAGAAGUGUAAUUAUACAUUCAGUUAUUUGAAUGGUGCUGUAGGAAACUUCAGUAGUCCAGGGUUUCCAGAUUACUAUCCAUCACUGCUGAGGUGCACAUACUUGUUUGAUGCUGCCAAAAAUGGUGGGGUGGAAAUUAAGUUUGACGCCUUUGAGCUGGAAGAUGGGAAAGAGGGUGAACAAAUGUAAGUCAAAUUUUCUCUAAAUAAUGCAAACCCCAUUAGUAGGACUCUAAAGAAUAACAUUUUGUACAAGAUAGAGUAAUAUAUAGGUAGCUUCAAUUGGAUUGAAACAAAAAUAUAUAACAUUUAUACUUUCUUUUAUUCAAACAAAUUUAAAUGAAAUUUUGAUUACAUAAAGACUUGCCAGUUUAUUUAAAUCUAAAUAAAAAUGUUUUGCUUUAUUUUAUUUUUUUUAAAAGCAGAAAUAUUUUCAAAUGUACAAAAUGCACAUAAUCUCAUGAUAGUAAAUCAUAUUGCAUAUGCUAUCGGAACUUCAGUUACCUAAUGAGAAUAAAUCAUAUUGCCUAUGCUAUUGGAAAUUCACUUGUAACUACUUAAAAUAAUGAUUUAUUGACUAAAGAAAGAACAAGGUCUGAAGCAAUUCAUUUGCAUUUUCUACUAUAAUUUUUGCAUGAAAAUAAAACCUUGCAACUAUUGUCAAUAUUUGUCAGUUGCAGAUACGACUAUAUUGAUGUCUACACCAUGGAUUCUCAAGGAUUUAAAACAUUACUAAAUAAAUUUUGUGGUCGUAAGAUUCCCCAGACUAUAAUUUCCCCCCAGUCAAAGUUGGAAAUUGUUUUUGUCACUGAUCACUGGCAAAACUCUGCCACAGGGUUUAGCGGAAGAUAUCGCUUUCUCGGAGAAGGUAAAUCUCAGGUGUUGUUUUCAUUUUGUGAAUGUAGUCAAGUGGGGUUGAAAUUUUGAUUCAAUUUGUCUGAAAUGUUGCUUUAAUUCUGGACAUACAUUUUUGAAAACUCUUAUGUAGUUUCAGUUCUGUUUCUGCUCUGCAUUUCAGAUUGGCAACCAUUUGACCAUAAAGCAAAUAGGUGUGGCAAUGACAACUUGUCGGGAGUUGCUGGAUUCAUCCAAUCUCCAAACUACCCAAGAAAAUAUCCACCUAAUGUUAACUGUUCUUGGGUCAUUAAUGUGCCUGAAAACCAACAGAUUCUGCUACGAUUGUUGGACUUGGAUAUAAGCCAUGGCCGUAAGAUUUAUAAAUAUACUUGUGGUCAUAUUUUAAAUUGGCGUUUAGAUUCUAUUUACUAAAGAACGCAAAGCCGUAAAGGGAUAUCAAGUUACACCGAAUGUUUAUGGUUUAUACAAGUUUUAGUCUAAUGUUAUUAUUAAGGGAUUAUCAAGCCCCUAUAAACACGAGAGAGAGCUCCAAGUUUUACUAACUUUUGUUAGCCUAUUAUUUUAUUAUUUUUUAAAUACAGUAAAAGAUUGUAAUUCCUUUUUUUCUCUUAGCCCACUGCACCGACGCCAAGCUACAACUUUAUAAUGGCUAUGCCACAACUAUGAGUGUAUACACACGUGAAUGGUGUGGACUAAUGUCAUCAUACGAUACAGAUGAGCUACAGUAUGUCACAUUUACCAACAGAAUGGUGGUUCGAUUUCUCUCAGGAUCCAAUAAUAACAAUCAUCAUUUUGGAUUUAAACUUCUCUGGAUGGGAAUUACACUGCCACAAGAGUCAGGUUGAUAAAUUCCUUCUUUAAAUUGUAUGUUUCUAAUUUUUGUUCUAUGGAACCCAAUUCAUCACUUUUUUCUCUCUCUAUGGGCUGCCCCUUCAGUUGAUACCACCUUUCUUCUGUUCUUUCCACAUAUUUUUCCAGAGUAACAUUCUGGAUGCUCCAUAGCCAACUUUUUCUUGUGUCUCUGGGACUCCCAGACGGAAUAUUAACCCUAUAACUGUCAAGAACAUUAUUCUAUGGUAGCGUCAAACCAUUUUUAGCAAUUUCAUUUUCUUGUCGAAAAUGACAAAAAUCCCAGGAUAAAUGAAUUCAGAGACCCUUACAAAUAUACAUUUUUUGAAAGUACAUUGGACAAGGUAUCUUGCGGUGCAAAAAGAAUUUGUUUAUAUAUUGUGUAUGUUGAUGUUAAGCUUGACCAUUACAAAGUGAGUUAAAUUUUAGUACUCAACUUCUGAAUUCAACCCACCCUAAAUACUCCAUAAAUUGUUCAAACUAUCAUAAAAUCAAGUUUUUGUAUACUAGACAGCAAUAAUCUUUCAGAAAAUGUCAAGUUAUAGGAACUUGUGAUAUUGGUGAAUUGUUUCAUUCACUACCUUCAAAUUUCUGUCGUACAAAAUACAAGGAGGGAAGGCAAGAAAUGAGUUCAAAAAUUCCUUCUCAAUUGAAGUUAUUAAAUCCAUUUUUUAUUUAUUAAUGCUCCAGAACAUACACAAUCAAAAAUAUCUUUGUUGCAAAUCUUUGGAAUCCAAUCUGUGUCUUUUUCUGUUCAAUUUUCACUCUUUCCCAAACGAAUUUGUCAGUAACAAUAUGACUAAGCUUAGAGAUAAACUUGUCAAUAUCUAGCUCUUAUCUCGACAUCAUUGCUAGAGCUAAUCCUGUCAUUACUAGCAUGUGAAUAUCUCUGAGUUCUUUGCUUUCAUUUUAAUAUAUUUGAAAUAAUUCCAAUAAAGAAAUUCUGUGUUAAAUUUGAAGGGGGGUGGGGGGGCUCUGACAAAUUUCACACCCGCUUAAAAUUAAUCACAAAAAUAUCCCCGAUAAAAGCACGUUAACACACUGAUAGUAACGGAAAUAGGAAGUGAACUCAUUUAUAUAGAGUAAUUUCCCUUUAAACAAUUUCAUUAAAUCAUUCCCAUUGUUAAUGACAAUGUUGCUAGCAGCCGACCGACCGAUUAUAUCGGCCUUGACACCACAAAAAGGGUAUAAGGGCCGAUCAUCGGCCAUUAUGACAGUUUUAGGGUUAACAUUGACACAUCUUGACACUCCGGUAGAACUAAGUAAUCUAGUACAGCAUUACCCAACAUUUUUGAGCAUUGAAAAAUUUGGUUUUGCCCCACUAGUGGAAUAGCUUAAAAUAUAAUUCAAUCAGGCCUUCAAAUCCUAACAAUCCUUAGUAGGCUACUCAUAAUCUGCUGAAUAAGUUCUAAAGAAAGAGAUACAAAAUAAUUUUCAUCAUCAUCCUGAUCCAGCAUGUUUUCCUUAGUUGUUCCAUGUCUCCCUGUAGUGUGUUAGUGAAGUCUGGUAUUUGUGGUAUAUAAUUAAGGAGCAAGUUCUGAAGUUCUGGGCUGUGAAAGAGUCACUGUACUGUGUUACUAUCUGAGUUGGAUGUUUACAGAGGGGGUGUGUUUGUAUUCUUGAUUUAUGCAGUUAAGUGUGAGUUAAGUUGAAUGUGCCGUGUUUGGAUGUAAGAGAUUAUGACUUGUUCUCGAGUUUGGAGGCAAGUUAAAGGGCAGAACACCAACAUGCCCCCUCUGCAAACUUUAUAAUGUUAAUACUGAUACUGGAUUCUAAUGAGUUCAAAUAUAAAUAAUUUUCUUUUCAUAUGUGUAUGUCUUCUCUCAUCUUAAAAGUUUAAAUCUUAUCAGUUGACCACUACCGAUUUGCCUAGAUGACAUUUCUAUUCUGUCACAAAUGAGAAAAAUACCAAGAAAAAAAAUAUUAGGGUCAUAACAUAGAGAUUGAUUUUAACAUUAAUCAGCCAAGUUGGAGUUGGUUGACUUAGAACCAUAGAUAAACAUACUAGAUCUUUCAUAUAUAAUGAUCCCUUCGAUGAUAAGAUAAAAUUAGGCAAUUGAGAAGUAAAUAAUUGUUACGUAUUUAUUUUAGAGAUGGUCAUAACUCUUUGCUUUUGAAGUCCUAUAAAAUAAAGAUUUGACAGCAAAAUUAAAACCUGGUUAAUAAAAUAGUAUAAUGCCAGCAUUCAUUGCAAAAAAGCCUCAAGCCAAAAAAAUGUACAAAAUAAAUGAGUGAAAAUAAAAGCAUCACUUUUUUAGUCAUCUGGCCACACUUGUGGUCAUUUGUUAUUGCAUCACCCUUCGCAGUGUUAGCAGAAACGUUUAAAUUUGUGGUUUUUCUUUUAAUUCAAGCAUAACCAAUGGAUUAGUUGGAGUGUGUCAUGCCUGGGGCUGUCGUUUAUGCAUUCUGAACCAAUGGAAUAGCUGGAGUUUGUUAUGCCUGGGGCUGUCCUUAAUGCACACUGAACCAAUGGAAUAGCUGGAGUUUGUUAUGCCUGGGGCUGUCCUUAAUGCACACUGAACCAAUGGAAUAGCUGGAGUUUGUUAUGCCUGGGGCUGUCCUUAAUGCACACUGAACCAAUGGAAUAGCUGGAGUUUGUUAUGCCUGGGGCUGUCCUUAAUGCACACUGAACCAAUGGAACAGCUGGAGUUUGUCAUGCCUGGGGCUGUCCUUAAUGCACACUGAACCAAUGGAACAGCUGGAGUUUGUUAUGCCUGGGACUGUCCUUAAUGCACACUGAACCAAUGGAAUAGCUGGAGUUUGUUAUGCCUGGGGAUGUCCUUAAUAUAAGCUACAAAAAGUAUAGGAAGAGGCUGUCUCUCUCCCCCCCCCCCACCCGCCUUUUCUCCAUAUAUCAAUGAGCAUAGUCAUUCUGUUUAUAUUACAUACAUUUUUUGUAUCAUAUUGACUUAAAGGCCAGGAGCUGGAGACAUAUGGGCACAGUUGAAAUGAGGAGGGCUGUUUAUCUGUCAAGCAAAAUUUAAACCCAAAGUUUUCAAAGUUUAGAAUAGCAGAAUAAAGCUUUUAAAAUUCACAACUUUAAAUUACUUUUUAUUAUUAUCAGGAAAUACCUUUUAAACACCUGAUUAAAUCUUAUUAGAAUAAAUAAAAAAAAGGGAAAAUUAGGAAGGUGUGUGACGAGAUGUUGAACCUGGUGUGAUGUGUUCAUCUACCCAUGGCGAUGUGUUCAUCUACCCAUGGCGAUGUGUUCAUCUACCCAUGGCGAUGUGUUCAUCUACCCAUGGCGAUGUGUUCAUCUACCCAUGGCGAUGUGUUCAUCUACCCAUGGCGAUGUGUUCAUCUACCCAUGGCGAUGUGUUCAUCUACCCAUGGCGAUGUGUUCAUCUACCCAUGGCGAUGUGUUCAUCUACCCAUGGCGAUGUGUUCAUCUACCCAUGGCGAUGUGUUCAUCUACCCAUGGCGAUGUGUUCAUCUACCCAUGGCGAUGUGUUCAUCUACCCAUGGCGAUGUGUUCAUCUACCCAUGGCGAUGUGUUCAUCUACCCAUGGCGAUGGGUGUCUACUUGUUUGGGCCAAGUCUUUCACAUCAUCCCAUGAGACGGUCCAUCUGACAGCAACAGCCACUUAUACAACAAAACUAACCUAUUUGUUGCAUUAUAUGAAUUUAUUUACCAAUACAAUUCCUUAACUAUUGCUGUGAUAUAAUUUCAGACUAAUAAUCCAAUCGUUCCAGCCAAACACUGAGCAUCACACAACUCCAUACAGUCAAUAUAGUACAAACACCAUCUAUCCACCAUAACAACUAAAACUUAUUUCCCAUUACCUAAAUAUGUUGUACAAUCGAUAGAGCUACACAUGAAAUCUCUAAAUUUAACAUCUUUUACAUACCAAACAUAACAACAGUGAUCUACACAUAACAACAGUGAGUCUCAUACCUUUGGCAAUGGGAAAUACUUUAAAAUGAAAGAAAAGAGAAAAUUACCACAAGAAGCCAAAAUUUAAAUCUCAUUUAAUAAUGUAGUUUUCAUGGAAAACCAUUGCACAGGCCUGCAUUAAAGAGUUUUAUCUCAAAAAUGGCAAGAUUAGAUUACUUCAGAAUAUCUUUUUAACAAGAUUUUAGCCUCUACAGUUUUCAUACAAGAUUUAUUUUCUUUUAAUAUUUACAUUUGCAUAUUGUUUUUUGUAUUCUUUAGGGGAAUGUACUAACUUCAGAUGUGAAGGUGGUCAGUAUUGUCACAAUGGCUUACCUUGUGUGAAUUUGCCUAAAUAUUGUAUAUCGCGCCAACUGGUGUGUGAUGGCAUCAGAAACUGUGGACCUUUUGAUGACAGUGAUGAGCGGAGAUGUAAGUUUGUUGUAUUGAAUCAGGGGCGUAGCUAAGGGAUGGCAGAGGGGACAGAUGUCCCUGGGCGUCAGACUAGUUAGGGGCGUCAAAAUGUGCUUUGAUAUUAUUUUAUUGAUGAAAAUAAUGGGUUUGAGAGUUGAAAAAAGAAAGUGAGGCGCUUUAAAAUGAAUCUUGUCCCCGGUGCCAAACACUAUAGCUACGCCUCUGAAUUGAAUGUGAAGCCACCUUGACACCAAACACUAUAGCUACGCCUCUGAAUUGAAUGUGAAGCCACCUUGACACCAAACACUAUAGCUACGCCUCUGAAUUGAAUGUGAAGCCACCUUGACACCAAACACUAUAGCUACGCCUCUGAGACACCAAACACUAUAGCUACGCCUCUGAAUUGAAUGUGAAGCCACCUUGACACCAAACACUAUAGCUACGCCUCUGAAUUGAAUGUGAAGCCACCUUGACACCAAACACUAUAGCUACGCCUCUGAAUUGAAUGUGAAGCCACCUUGACACCAAACACUCUAGCUAUGCCUCUGAAUUGAAUGUGAAGCCACCUUGACACCAAACACUCUAGCUACGCCUCUGUAUUGAAUAUUAAGCCACCUUCACACUGGAUUUUGUUCAGCCUUAAAUCUCAGUGAAAAAUGCAUUUUGAGAAUCAUCGGCUUUUUGUUGAUGAUUACAAUCUCUAGAAACUGGUGAUUGACACAGAUAUCCUACGUAGGUGUUCAGUGAUGACACAGAUAUCCUACGUAGGUGUUCAGUGAGCAGUAACAACUCUGGAUUCUUUUUAUGAUGCAGAGCUUUUGUUUAGAUUUACAUUCUAGGUCAGCAAUCAGCAUAGGGUUGUCAGAUGCACAAAUGGAAAAGAAGGACAUUUCAUUUGGAAAAGGUUGGGAAAAGAAGGACAUUACAUUUUGAAAAGGUUGGAAAAGGAGGACAUUACAUUUGGAAAAGGAGGACAUUUUAUUUUGAAAGGAAGCCAUUUCAAAAUGAAACCAAAUUUAAGAUAUAAAUAUUUAUUCUAAAAUAAACAAAAUUAGAUAUUUGAACAUACCUUUGGCAGUAAUUAGGCAUUUAAAUUAGUUCUCAAAGAUGGUUAUUUAUUUUUUUAAAAUUUCUUUGUUUCUUAAGAGGUAACUGUAAAAAUCCAAGAUAUUUAUAUUCUUGAAAUUGUACCGUGUUGGUGUAACCCAGCUAAAAAUCUCAGUGGCAAAUCUGCAAUGUGAACACAUCUUUUAUACCAAUAAAUCUCAGUGACAACUCUGCAGUUUGAACACAUCUUUAUACCAUAAAUCUCAGUGACAAAUCUGCAAUGUGAACAUUUCUAUAUAUUAACAAAUCUCAUUUACAAAUUUGCAAUGUGAACAUAUCUAUAUACCAAUAAAUGUCAGUUACAAAUCUGCAAUGUGAACAUAUCUUUAUACCAAUAAAGAUUAGUGACAAAUCUGAAAUGUGAACACAUCUUUAUACCAAUAAAUCUCAGUUCAUCACUUCUGUUUUAUUCUGCAAAGAAAUAGUCCUUAUGAACUGAUAGAACUAUAAGUGAUAAGCAUGAUUAAUAAACAAAAAUUUAAUCAUUUUUUAUGUGAAUUGUGCUAUUAAAUUACCAUUGGCAGAAAUUUUAAUGUUAACCUAUUUUUUUAACCCAUUACGGCUGAGUGCACAAUAAAUGAACCACACAGGACCAGCCAAUGUUCCUAUAAACUCAAGCUUUAACUUUAACCAACAAGUAAUAUUUGGACCAAACCUCUCACACAAAGCUAUGUCUUACCACUGAUCAUUUAAAAAAAAUUUCAAUGAAGGCGCUGGUCCUACUUUUUAUACCCGUUUAAAUUGUAUUACCACCUUAAAUUUAAAUAUUUUCUGUUACUUGAUCUACCUCUUUAUCUUCCAUCCACUCUGAAAAUACAUUAAUUUCACCACCUAUUCUCUUACCAUCACAACUUGAUGUAAAUGUCUUUAUUAAACUUCUUUACUAAUUCCUUUAACCGAAUGUAAACACCCCUCCCCCCUCAAAAAAUUUUUUUUUUUACUUAUGCUGAUAAAUCCCCUUUCUUUAUGGUGCAGGCUUGAACCAACCUGUCUGACAUAAAUUAUUACUCUUAACUUACUUUUAUCUGAUGCUAAUGUUGCUGUAAUAUGCAUUCAAGGUAUGAAGGAGAUCCUGAUUAUUACAGCCUGCAUUGCUGUGCCAAGUGUAAUUCUUCUAAUGACAGUUGGAACAAUUGUAUAUUGCUACAAGAGCAGACAUGUGAAAAAGUCAACAUCAGAAGAUCAGCAAUUAACACAUAGUCAAAGCCAGGUAAACGAAAUCAAAAUAUUUUAACGUUAUUUCAAAAUGUAUUUUAUUUUUAAGCUGUUCUCCAUAGUUAAACCUGCAUUUCCCUAAACUGUUCAAAAGUUUAUUACCAUUAUAAGUUUUUACGCAUGUUACCUUGUUAUUUUAGUUAUAAUAUAAGCUAGGCAGUGAAGUACCAAAGAAUUGGUGUUGCGCGAGGCAGGCCAAGAUUUUUGCCACCUCCCUCCCAUGAAAAGAAAACUGCGGUUGGCAAAAAAUGCCGCCCCUUAAUAUAAAAAAAGUGCCACCCAGGGCAUACCACCCCCACCCCACCCCCUUAUGACAUCACUGGAACUAGGGCUUUAAAAAAUACCUUCUCACACGACCAGAUCUAGGACUGUAUAAAAUAACUUCUUACAUGACUGGGGCUAGGGCUUUUUAAAGUACUUUCUUACUAAUCUUACACCACCAGCUCUAGGACUUUAUAAAAUAACUCCUUACAUCGCUGGGGCUAGGGCUUUAUAAAAUAACAUCUUACACUACUGGAACUAGGUUUUUUUCCAUUCUAUAACUUAAAGUUAGGUUUUAUCUAUUUUUUUUUAAAAGCCUAGCAUUAAUUGCCUGGUUUACUCACAGUAAAAGAGCUGUACUUUGCUUAAAAAAAACAUCUAUUCCAUGAUCCAAGAUUUUGACAUUCACAGCCAUCACACUUGAGCUUGUUAUUAUUGAUGCUUAACAGGGUACCACAUCAAGAGAAUCAUUCAAUCGUCAAAUGAUUUUACACACCAGUUUUAUUGAUGGUGCUAGUGCAGUAUUCAAUGAUCAAACCCUACUUCCUGACUUUAAUGACUUGGGCCAAAUUGUAAGGAUUGCAGUUUUAUAUAUAUUUAAUUAUUUAUACUUAUGAAUUGAUAUUAUUUGAUAAGGUACUUUUUUUUUUUUUUUUUUUUUUUAUUUUUUUUUUCAGUUUUUUUUUUUUUUUUUUAAUUAUUUUUUUUUUUUUUUUUUUUUAAAUUCUCAUACAGGUUUUAUAUUUAUCAUUUAAAUGAUAUUUUUUUAAAUGGUGAAAGAGAUAUUUUAGAUCCAUCAGCUGAGGCUCAGUCCAAAUUGGGGCUGUUGUUUUAUACAGUUUUUAAAAUAGCAAUGCUUACAUUUUUCCUGAUAGAAGUGUUACCUUGCCUCAUCAUUGAAUAUUACCAAAUUACUGUUAAUACAAGGAAUUGGAGUGUUAAAUGCAAUGUUUAUGAAACGUUUAAAGUAAAAUCAAAUUGUCAUUUUCUUCCAGGUUGAAGAAUAAGAUCUCUCUUUUUUAAUUUAAAAAAAAAACGUAUAUAUUUGUGCUUUUUUUUUUCCUAAAGGAACCAAACUAUACAAGCCAUAUUUAUUCAGAUGAGUCUUCCAGAAGUCUACAAACUCAUAAAAAGAGGCCUUCAUACCAUAUGAUGCAGCAGAGCUAUGAAGAUGGGAACCUCAUUAUGGCACAGAGUUGAAAAUAAAUUAAGUCGUUUUACAUAUUACAUCAUUUUCAAAUCUAACAUUGCAUAUAAUAUCCUUUUCACGGCUAACAAUACAUUACAUACUUGUAUUACAUUUACAUCCUUAGCAUAGCCAACAUUACACAUGACACCUUUUUCUCAAAUAACAUUACAUAUGACUUAUUUGCAGUUAGUAUUACAUAUGAUAUCCUUUCCAUAACUUAAAAAACCAAAUAAUGCCCUUCUACUUGUAUAUUUCAAGCCUAAGUGUAGCCCCCAACCCCAUGCUCCCCAGUAGCAGGCUAGGAUGUAGCAAAGGUAUAUAUUGCCCACUAGAGCAUACUUUAUACAUGGGGAGCUAAUAAAAAUUGUUUGCUUGUUACAGGCUCCUCUAAAAUCUGUGCUAGAUCCCCUUACAAUAAAAUUUUACUUUUUUUUUUUUAGAGGAUCCAUAUAAAAUUAGAUGUAAUGUUAUCCAUUUAUUGUGGCUAAUUUUUAAUAUUCCUAACAGCAUAACUAAAAAGAUAUAUAAAUCAAAAUGUGUUGCAAUGUUUUUAAUGUUAAAUUUAUGUCAUGUCAUAAACCUUGUGGAAACCAUAUUCAUUUUAAAGCAUUUUUAUGUGUUGUACCUGGUGGGAGAAAGUACCAAUACAGAGUUAGAAGCAUGGUUGUAGGCAGUUACUGGCCAAAUUAUAAAUUGGCUAAUUAAUUUUGCAUUAAUGUUAGCAUAAUAAAUUAUUUUGGAAUUUUUUAAAAUCAACUUAUGUGAGAUGUAUCGCUUGUCCAGCUUUGCUUGAACUUUAAUAUACCAAAGCAAUCUUCAAGAUGCUGGUUUACGGAAGAAAGGGAGCUAUCUUACUAGUUGAGUAUUAAGGGAACAACCACUUGCAUUUGCUAAAUUCUUCUGAGGCUUAAAAAAUGUAUCGUUCAUUUUUACACCUUAUUUUUUAAAAAAGGUUUUUGGCAUUCCACCAAGAUGAUUUCAUGUUUCAAUACAUUUUCUUUACUGCAUUAGUCCUACAUAUUUUUUGUAAACAUGUUAAUUAAAAAUAAUUGUACCUAUUGCAGUGACAUGCUCUAAGAGCCACAUAUGCCUUACUAAUAAUGCUGUACGGUAGUGACUGAAAAUGCAUUGAAAUCGAGAAAUUCACGUUGAAAUUGGUUGAAACAUUUUCCUAAAAAUAUAUAUAGUAAAGGGGGCCAUGAAGUACACAGGCUAGUGAUGUUAGUUGGCCACUAAUUUUUUAUGAUAAUGCAAACAAACUGGGCAGAUAUAGACUUAAGCCUUUCUUGAAAAGUGUUAACAGCAGUGUCCUAAAAUGUAGACUUUUGGAUUUAUCUUCUAUUAUACCGUGCUUUAUGCAAUAAUAUAACACUUUCUUGGUUAAGUCACCCACUGACAAUCUAACCUGAAUAAUGUAAAUAACUCAAAACUUCUCUGGAAUUUCCUCAAGCUAUUUUUAACUAAGGUCCUGCUGAAAGAUGAUAACAUUGAUCAAAAUUAUUGAAGAGAAAUCAAUUUAAUUAUGAAAAGAAAUCAUUGAAAUUGCUCUCUGUAUUUGUAUUUCAAAUCUUGAACUUGAAGCUUUGCAUUUAUUACUAUCAUACUUUUGUGAAAAUAAGUAAUUGAUUUUAUUGAUCAUUUGACUCUUCCAUCACCACAAUUAUACUUGUUAUAUUUGUAUGGAAACAUUCCAUUGGACAAUGGACAUGUUUAAUAAGCAAUUUUUGUUUUUAAAAAAAUGUUUGAACUUCUCUGCAUAUAAUGUAGCAGUGGAAUAAGUGAAGUACCAAAGCAGUUGAUAAUAAUGACAAAGCAGAGAAUAUGUUGGUGGAUUAUACAAAUGAUACAUUUACUUGGUGCAUAUGUACAGAGCUGCUGCUAAAUUAUGCCAGUUAAACUGAUACAAAUGGCCUAAAACCACAGAGAGACCCAGAGUGUAGUGUCUGUGUGAGAGAAACUAGAAUAAUGGUUAGAAAAUUUAGAGGAGGCACCCAAAAAAAAAAAUCAUUAUUUUUUGGCAGUAUGUUAGAAUCUAACCUUGUUUAGGAAAAAAAAAUUAUGUGACAAUGGCCUGGCAUAUGCAUAGAGUUCCAUGUGCAAUUUUUGUACCUAUUCAGUUGUAACAAUAUUAGUAUGACUUGUAUUAAAGUACAAGUGACAUUACAGUUAGAUGUCAAGUAACAUUACAGUUAGAUGUCAGUUCUAUGCACCAUAAAUGUUUGUAUUUGGAGGUUAAAACUAGGGCUCCCUAGGCAGCACUUAUUGAAAGUAAUGCACAAUUGUUGUCUUUAUUUAUAGCUUAGCCAUGGCAGCUUUUCCUGGUCAGUGUAUCUACCAGUAUCAAUAACUAACUACAUAAAAUAGCCGUUUCAUUAGUACUAAAAAGACAUGUUCAUUUCAAUGUGUCAUGUGUGUUCUGUUAAGUCACAAGUGGAUUCAAAUCGUUUAAAACAGAUUGAUUUGAAAACACCCCAUACCUGUUUCAAACUCUCCCCAUUAUGAUCAUCAGAAAUGUCUUAAGUAGCCGGGACCAGAACUAUACAAUGAAGUAUAAUUAUGAGGUAUUUUGCCAUUUUGUGAGAUGAAGCAUUUUUCUACUAGAUCUAUACAUAUUUGUGGACCAUUGAGUGUGUAUAAGUGUAUUCAGUUAUUUCAUCAGCCAUGCACUAAUCAUUAAAUUAAAUGAAGGACUAAACCAUAUUACAUCCAGUGAUUAUUGGUGCAAAAAUGGUUGCUGUAUUAAACACAUUAAUUUACUUGUUUUUAUCAACCUUUUCUUGACUGCUGUAAAUUUUUUAAAAAUGUAAAAUUAUUUAAAUAAAUGUUUCCUGUAACAUGUUGGACUACACUGGUAAGGUUUGUAUUUUCAUAAAGGAUUUUUAUUAGUUAAUACAUUAUGAUUUGAAUUUGAAACUUAUAUGGUCAUAGAAUUAUUAUAUUUUUUAAAAAAAACUAGUUGAAAUUAUUUAGGCAUAGAUACUAACAUCUUGAAGUUUGUAUGUUCAUUAGCAAAGACUGAAACGUUUAACAAACAAUAUGCAUCAACACUUCCUUUUAUUCUCAUUUUCAAAGUGAAAACUAAUUAUAGAAGUUCUAUGAAAACUCCAAAAAGUUCAUCUCAAGUAAAAGGGUUUAAAUAUGUUUUUAAUUUUAAGAAAACAUUUAGUUGUCAACAAUGCUUAGGUCCAUAUAGCAACAGCUGUUCUGUUUCAAAGUUUCAAAUAUUUUUAACAUUGACUAUAUUUAACUUUGAACACAUAAACUCAACAUAACGUAAAUAACUCUUCAGUUAUUUAAAAUUGUGAAAGAAACUAUAUUACUUUCUAACUGGUAUUAGUGUGUGACAUUCACAUAUUACAAUGAUAUUAACCCCUGCUUGUCCUUUUAUGUGGAUGAGAAAGUGAAAGUUCCUUUUUAAUACUGUAAAAUUUGAUUAUUUCUAGAGUGUAAAUCAUUGUUUAUUAAAUUAAAUAAUAAAAAUUAA